AUGCAUGCCAGAAACCCCCAUUCUCCUUUUCAAAGACAUCAUAUGACGGAUUGCGAUCUCCCAGCGCAGCAGGACACGGGGACCAUGCAAGCUGUAAUUGGUCAGGAUCCAAUGAUAGCUGGACAAGUCAGUAAGCCCUUGCUGUCAGUGCGGAGUGAAAUGAAUGCGGAGUUGAGAGGUGAGGACAAGGCUGCUACUUCAGACAGCGAGCUGAAUGAGCCCCUGCUUGCGCCCGUGGAAUCAAAUGACAGCGAGGACACUCCCAGCAAGCUCUUCGGGGCCAGAGGAAACACAGUCCUACCAGAACCAGGAACUCCUGACCAGCACCAGGCCAGUCAGACCCAUCCCUCCUUUCCAGUUGGGCCACAGCCUCUUCUAACGGCACAGCAGUUAGCCUCUGCUGUGGCCGGGGUGAUGCCAGGAGGCCCCCCAGCCCUCAAUCAGCCUAUCCUCAUCCCCUUCAACAUGGCGGGACAGCUAGGUGGUCAGCAAGGCCUGGUCCUCACACUGCCCACCGCGAAUCUCACAAACAUCCAAGGGCUGGUAGCGGCAGCUGCAGCUGGAGGCAUUAUGACUCUGCCAUUGCAAAAUUUACAAGCUACCUCAUCCCUGAACUCCCAGCUGCAACAGCUCCAGCAACUCCAGCUCCAGCAGCAACAGCAGCAGCAACAACCACCUCCUCCACCAACCAGCCAGCACCCACAGCCAGCCCCACAGGCGCCCGCACAGUCUCAGCCGCCGCAGUCCCAGCCCACCCCGCCUCACCAGCCACCACCUGCUGCACAGCAGUUGCCAGCUGCCCCAGCUCAGCUGCCGCAGGCUACUCAGCCUCAACAGCACCAACCUCAUUCCCAUCCCCAGAACCAGAACCAGUCGUCUCCAACCCAGCAGAGCUCAAGCCCCUCUCAGAAACCCACCCCAUCUCCAGGAGGACAUAGCCUUCCGUCACCACUCACACCGCCUAACCCUCUACAGCUGGUUAAUAAUCCUCUAGCAAGUCAGGCCGCCGCUGCAGCAGCAGCCAUGGGCUCCAUAGCAAGCUCACAGGCCUUUGGCAAUGCCCUCUCCAGCCUUCAGGGGGUCACAGGUCAACUAGUUACUAAUGCACAAGGACAGAUUAUUGGGACCAUUCCACUGAUGCCUAACCCAGGGCCAUCGAGUCAAGCAGCAAGUGGCACUCAGGGCCUUCAAGUACAGCCUAUCACACCCCAGCUCCUAACCAAUGCCCAGGGCCAAAUCAUUGCCACGGUCAUCGGAAACCAGAUCUUGCCUGUGAUCAAUACCCAGGGUAUCACCCUGUCCCCCAUCAAGCCAGGCCAGCAGCUUCACCAAUCUUCCCAGACAUCAGUGGGUCAAGCAGGCACCCAAGGCAACCUCCUGCACCUGGCUCAUGGCCAAGCAUCCACCUCUCAAAGUCCGGUGCGACAGGCUUCCUCCUCCUCCUCUUCAUCCUCCUCUUCUUCAGCUUUGAGCGUGGGCCAGUUAGUCAGCAAUCCUCAAACGGCAGCGGGUGAGGUGGACGGGGUUAAUCUGGAGGAGAUCCGAGAAUUUGCCAAAGCUUUUAAAAUCCGACGCCUGUCCCUUGGCCUGACACAGACUCAGGUGGGACAAGCCCUCAGUGCCACAGAGGGCCCUGCAUACAGCCAGUCGGCCAUCUGCAGACACACCAUCCUGAGAAGCCACUUUUUCCUACCACAGGAAGCCCAAGAGAACACUAUAGCUAGCAGUCUGACAGCCAAACUGAACCCUGGCCUUUUGUAUCCUGCCAGGUUUGAAAAGCUGGACAUCACCCCUAAAAGUGCCCAGAAGAUUAAGCCGGUGCUUGAGCGGUGGAUGGCUGAGGCUGAGGCCCGCCAUCGAGCAGGUAUGCAGAAUCUCACGGAGUUUAUUGGGAGUGAGCCAUCCAAAAAGCGCAAGCGGCGCACCUCCUUCACCCCCCAGGCCCUUGAGAUCCUCAAUGCCCACUUUGAGAAGAACACACACCCCUCAGGGCAGGAAAUGACCGAGAUUGCUGAGAAGCUAAACUAUGACCGGGAAGUAGUUAGAGUUUGGUUCUGCAAUAAGAGACAAGCUCUGAAGAACACAAUCAAACGUUUAAAGCAGCACGAGCCCACCUCUGCGGUCCCCCUGGAGCCCUUAGCGGACUCUCCGGAAGAAAACUGUUAGACACACCAUUCAUGAUCAGAAGGAAGCAUCACAGAAACUGAGCAUUACCCCGAGUCUCCACAAAAAAGAAAGAAAGAAAAAAGGAGAAAAAAGAAUUUAAAGACACCCCCAGUCAUCAUCUCUCUUGUAUGUAAAAGACUAAAAACAAAAACUACCAAGUGGGCAGAAUGGUUUAUACAUGUCUGUUGGUUUUCCAAAAGAAAAAAAAAAAAAGGAGAGAGAAAUUUUAAAUUUUUAAACAAGAAAAAAUACCACAUGAAGGAGUAUGUGGUAGGAUCAUUUGCUCCCCCCACCUGUCUCCCUAAAGCCAGUUUUUUAAAAGCAAACCAAAUAACCACUUACUUUUUUCUGUACGUGAUGAAAAUGUGAACACCUUUUAAGGAAAAAGGAAAAAAAACUAUACCAAAAAAAAAAAAAAAAA